UAAUGAAAUUCCGUCGUCCGCUCAUUGCCUAGUGAAAAUAAACAAUUGAUUUUGUGUUCGUCGUAGUAACUGUGUAAUAUUUUCAAAGGUCAUACUGCUACAAUAACAAGUCAUUUGUGAAACUGCAAUUCCGAUUUUAAAGGGAGGAAACGUAUAUCAGAAUGGAUUUUAUACUCCACGGCACAACAACUCCUCGUCAUCAGCGGGAAUCGAGUGCUAAGACGAGGAAACCUGCAGCUGCCAAGACAUCAUCGGAAAGCUCUGUCCAUGUCACUCCAGAAGCCCCCAGACAGGCUGGCAGACCCCCGUCAGGAAGACCUCAGAGCAGAAAUCAGGUUACUAACAAACCAAACCAGAGUUACACAGCUGCACAUGUUGCCCAUAGCAACCAGAGACCACAUAGACCAGACAGUGUCCCACGUCUGAACCUCACAAAACUGGUUGAUAGCGACAAUACAUUACAGAAACCAAUCAAGGAUCAAAGUGAACACCUUUAUACACCUGAUACCUCUAGCACAGUCAGCUGGGGUACACCGGUACCUAGGUGUUCGCCAUUUGCUCUGCAUCAUACCCCAAAAGCUGGAGGUGCCAAGUCACAUAGUAAACAACUGGACUCAACCAGAAAUGUUAACAAUAAAGGCAAAGUAAAAAUGAAUGAUCAAGUUGUUCCAGAAAAUUUACCUCCCCCCUCUGCUAAACAAAAACAACAGUAUCAACAAUACCAAGAUGAAAUGAAGCAACAAUACCAGGCAAAGAGCAUUCAUAAAGAACAGGAGAAAAAUGAACAGCAGAAAAUUGAGGGGAAGGAUGAAACUUUUAAACAGCAAGAGGGAAUCCAGGAAAAAAAGAAUGACCAAGCCACUGAUGAUUAUGAUAUACUAAAUACCAGCUGGGGGAAAGCUUACAGCAAACAGCAGGAGCAACGCAAACUAGAGGCUGAGGAUAGUGUAGAAGCAAAAAAGAAACAAGAUAUAGUCGAGCAGGUGAUGGUAGAUCAGCUAUCAAGAGCUGUUAUAAGUGAUCCAUCUCAGAACAGCCAGGAUGGAAUGGCAUCUGGAAGAGCAACUCCAUAUGGAGAAUCAACAAGAAGAGGACGGAAUCGAUCAUUACAUGAAUCAAAAGUAUGUACUGAUAGCUCCAGUAAAGAGAACCUGUUAGCGAAGAGGUUGAGUUUCACAUUACGUUUGCCAUCUCGCAAUGGUCACGACGCCUUGAGGGAGCUGUUCGGAUUCUACUUUAUGUUGGAUGACACAAUGACUAUAUAUGAAUACAGACAGUUUGGUAAAAAUCGAACCUCAGCUCUUCCUUUCAUUCAAAGAGGCUCAUACAGUCAUGUGAUUGGACGACGAAAAGGCCGCAAGUAUAGCGUCAGAGAUCUCAUGGUUGGUGGGAACUUAUCAUUUGAGACUAGCAGUCAAUCAUCCUUACCAGAGGUCAUCCGGAAGCAAAACGUGGUGACACUAAGAAUCACAGAUGUCGAAAUGGAAAUGAAGGAAACAUUCAUAUUUGGUGGUGGGAGAAUGCCAUAUGACAAAGACGAGUACAACUCCAAUAUGAAGCCUGAAGUACUACUCCAGGAAAUUGAGGACUGGAAAAUACUCCAUGGAAUUCAAUCACAAAUUAAGAGUAAAUUAAAAAGGUGUGGGUGCCGAACUUUGACUGGGCUAGGACGGCAUUUCAAGCAGCUUGACCAAUCAGGUGAUGGAGUUCUCAAUAAAGACGAGCUGAUUGGUGCUUUGAAGGUGUUUCACAUAGAUGUUGAGCCUAAGCUUUUGAAUGCAUUGUGGUUAAUCAUGGACCAGAAUGGUGAUGGCGCUGUUGAUCAUAUGGAAUUCACGCGAGCGAUCGUUGGUGAGAUGAGCGAAUUCAGGAAAGCACUAGUUCGUAAGGCUUUUCAAAAAGUUGAUGCUAACAAAUCAGGCACCGUUGGUAUGGAUGAACUGAAGAUGUUCUUUAGGGCACAAAAACAUCCACUGGUACAACAAGGUAAAAUGAGUGCAGAUGAAGUAAUGGACAGCUUCUUGGACUUAUUCAACAGAAAAACGAAAGAAAUCACUUGGGGAGAGUUUGAGGAUUAUUACGAAGGCACGAGUAUCGGAAUUGAAAAUGACGAAGAUUUUGUAAAUAUGAUGAAGAACUGCUGGGGAAUAUGAGAUUUUAAUUAAUAAAAAAAAAAUAAUGAGGAAUUCUAGGAUUGGGAUAAUUAAAAUGCCAUUCCACAUUCGAAAAAAAUUGGAGAAUGGGUAUAUUGAAGUGAACCUGGGAAAGAAGUUUAUACUGUGUGGAUUUUAUACUACUGAGGGAGGGGCACAUCAGAUUUGAGCUUCUGAUACAACAUACAAAUCAUGGAAAAUGAAAAUGCUCCUUAGAAAUAUAUUCUGGGAGGAAAAUUAGAAAAUAUACACUGGAAAAAUAAUAAUCUGAAAUUGUAAAUUGUAAAUUGUUCAUAAAUCAUUGUAACAGUAAAUUAUAGUAUAGGAAGACUUUCAUAAAUUUACCUGUAUUAAUGUAUAUUAUAUCAUACAGUAUACUAUAUCAUGUUGUAUUUAUGUAAUUCAUGGAACUUCAGCAGAGGAGGUACUAUUUGUUUAUACCUUCUUUUAUUUUUGCUACAAUUUUUUGAAAUGUCUUUAAAAAAUAUACUCACUUAGAGAAUUAUGACAAAUUAAAUAGAUGUGCAAUAUUAGUAUUUAAAAAUUAAUAUUUGUAUACCACAUGUAGUAGUUAUACUAAUGCUAAACAACUUAAAAAUAUUAAUAUAUAAUAUUUAUACUGUACUAGUAAUAUUUCAGUUAUGUUGAAUGAAUGUUCUGAACAUAAAUCUGUGUUUUAAACGUACAGUGUGGCAAUAACUAUAACUCUGUGAACUAAAACAGAAUAAAAAUUGAUAUGUGAAUCAUCUAGUCCAAAUGUCUUAAUCUACACACAGUAUACAUUAUUAAACACUGCUUUUGAAUUGUAGCUUGACAUUUCCAGACAUGGCAAGAUAAAUAAGAUGAUGAUGGUGAUGAUUAUAAUAUGUUUAAUGUUUAGUAUAUGAGGUGAUAUUUAAUGGCUCUGGAAAUUUUCAAUGGGAUUGCCUUGUGUAGUUAGUGACAAUGUUUCCCACAUCUCUAAUAUGCGCCACUGCUACCAUAUGUUCAAUAUGCAGGAGAUGUUUAACAAUGACAGGCCUGAUAUACAAAUAAAUUGUCACUGACACCUA